UCAUAAUCACUUUCAUUGCACCAGGCCAUCCCCAGAAAAUUAUUUAAUCUGAUGACUUUAAUUUGAUAUAAUACUGUGUUUAUGAAGAUUAAGGGCAAAAUUCAAUGUCAACUGUCUCUUUCAAACAAUUAUUAAUCAUCUUCUAACUUUAAAGCUAAGCACUUGAAUUUUAAGAAAGAAACAAGCAAGCAAGAAAAUUACAAACAGAAAAGCAACCCCCAAAAAAAGGUACAAGAUCCUUUACGGACAAUUCAUACUUCAGACCAUACAUAGCAAUAAAACUCUUGUUUCCAGCUAAAACCCAUGUCUAGAAGCUCCCAUAGAAACCCUCUUUAAACCAACCUUCCAUGUUGUGACAAACAAGAAAAACUGAAAAUAAAACAAUCCAGUUCUCAAAUGGGUUUGCAUGGAAAAACGCUCUCUUUGCUAUCAGUUUCUUUGUUUUCGGUCACAAUCUUUUUGGGGUCCUUUACUUUUGUUGCAAUAGCUGCAGAUUAUACUACCUUGGUCUUUAAGGGCUGUGCAGACCAGAAAUUUCAAGAUCCAUCUGAAGUUUACUUACAAAACCUCAAAAACCUUAUGUCAACUUUGGUUUCACAAUCGUCACAGAAAACUUUCUCCUCCACCACCACUGGCCAGGAUCCUAAUGCAAUCACGGGCCUUUACCAAUGCAGAGGAGACCUAACAACAAGCCAGUGUUACAGCUGUGUCAGCAAGAUCCCGGAAAUAAGUGAUAAACUUUGUGGCAAAGCUGUAGCUGCCAGGGUUCAGCUGAGUGGCUGUUAUCUGAGGUACGAGAUUGUUGGGUUCAAACAGGUUCCAGAAACUGAGCUCUUGUACAAGGUUUGUGGGUCAUCUCAGGCAAGUGGAACUGACUUUGAGAGCAGAAGAGACACCGCUUUCGGCAUGGCAGAAGAUGGUGUGAAAAGUGGUAGCGGGUUGUUUUACACUGGAGAUUAUCAAUCUGUUUAUGUUUUGGGACAGUGUGAGGGUGAUUUGGCGACAAGCGACUGUGGGGAUUGUGCGAAGAGUGCUUUUCAAACGGCAAAAGAUGAUUGUGGUGACUCAAUUUCAGGGCAGGUUUAUCUACACAAGUGCUACAUUAGUUAUAGCUACUACCCCAAUGGAGUUCCGGCCAUAUCCUCACCUUCAGGGACAGGGACGAGGCAGCGGACUCAGAAGACGGUGGCAAUCGCAGUUGGUGGAGUAGCAGCUUUGGGGUUUAUUGUUGUCUGUCUGAUGUUUCUGAAAUCAGUGUUGAAGAAACGAAGAACUAAACAUGAAGCUUAUUGAAAGGAUGAGCUCCCUAAAAGGGAGAUUGAUGGGUCUAAAAUGCUAGAAAAAGAGAAGCUUUUGAUACGAGAAAAAGAAGAUAAACAAAGAGUCUCCACAGAUACUGAUCAAAUACCAACAUCCCAACAAUAGAGGCUGAUAGUGAUUAAAAAAAAAUUUCUCCCCAUUCACCUUCAAAUUUCAAUCCUGUAGAGUCCUCUGCUUUCUGCUUGUAAGUAUACAGAAUAUUGGGUUAAUGCCACUGGACAAGAAUGUUUACCUAACUAUUUACGAAGUGCAUAAAUUUUUUAUUCCCUUAGCUGUUUGUUUUUCAAAAUUGUCUUGAUUAUAUGACUUUCAAGUCCUGUUGCAAUCUGGGUAGGAGAACUUUGGGAGACGACUCAUUUGUUUAUUCAUUGUUUCUGUCUCAUUACAUGUUAAUAGCCGUCUAAGAAAGAGGCAUUUGGUUAGUAUUUUUAAGCAAUUGCUCAACUUUGAUUAGUACUUUACAAUCUAUGACUUUACAAUACAUGUUAAUAGCUGUAUAUGACUUUACAAUCUCACUGUGAAAAUGAUUGGAAAAGUAACAUUCCAAUAUAUAACUGCUUUUCUAGGUACCUACCAUUAAUUAAUAAAAAGCAAAUUAGUAAACAGUAAUUCCAUUUUACAUCUUGGAUUAAAUUUAUCAAUCGUCCAACUCUUUGUUUGAUUUGCCUUUCGCUUGCUACAGUGGAUAUUAAAAUUGUUUGAACUUGAGUCCAAAUCUUACAACAAGU